CGAAGAAAAAGUAGCUUCUUUAUCGUAGUAGUGAAGGAGUCAGAGUAGUAGUAAGAGAGAGACUAGAGAGAGAGAAGAGACUCAGACAGUGAGAAAGCAGUGAUGGAUGCAUAGAUAUCUAAUAAAAGAGCGUGAAAAUUCAGUUUCUUGUUCGGAUCUUCUAAGCAACUAUGAUUUAUCAGAGAUCCCUUUUCAUCCCAUUUUAACUUUUCUCCGGCGAAUCUCAUGUGAGUCUCCGACUAGCAUACGAUCAUUUGAGCGGCUUGCAGGUCGUCAAUUCAUCAUUUGGAGGACCUGAGGCAUGUUCAAAAACCAGUUGCAAGAAUUAGCUCAAAGAAGCUGUUUCAACCUGCCAGCUUAUACUUGUAUUCGUGAAGGACCUGAUCAUGCUCCUCGAUUCAAAGCCACUGUUAACUUUAAUGGGGAGACCUAUGAAAGUCCAACCUUCUGCACCACCCUGAGACAAGCAGAGCAUUCUGCGGCGGAGGUAGCACUCAGCACGCUGUCAAAGAGGGGUCCCUCCAGAUUUCUGGCUGCAAGAGUGUUGGAUGAAACUGGAGUUUACAAGAAUCUGCUUCAAGAGACAGCCCACAGAGCUGGGUUAAAUCUUCCUGUUUAUACAACUGUUCGAUCUGGGCCAGGUCAUGUUCCUGUAUUCUCAUGCACUAUUGAGCUUGCAGGAAUGAGCUUUACAGGAGAAUCAGCGAAGACCAAGAAGCAAGCACAGAAGAAUGCUGCUAUGGCUGCUUGGUCUGCCUUGAGGCAAAUGUCCCCUCUAGGUUCUUCUUCUUCCUCUUCUGGGUUGGACUGUGAAGGGAAUGAGGAGCUGGAACAGGUUGUUGUUGCUCGCACCCUUGCUAGCUUUUGUCCAGCAGCGGCAAACAGAUCAACUCAAAAUGACCGGCAACGUGGGCGUCGAAGAUCAGCUCCUGUUCAUAGGCUUACAAGGCCGGCUAGCACAAAUGUGGCAUUGUACCCGACGCAGUAUCAGAAUUGGAAAUAUUCUAACCCCGAUUUUGCUAUGUACCAAAUGUGGCCACUAGAACAGACUUCCCAGCAGCAGAACCGCCUUUUGACUCUUCCAGUAGCACCAGUUCCUCCACCUGCUCCUCGGGCUGUUCCAUUUAUUCGAUCUGUACCCCGGCUGGAACACAGGCAGUAUGUCCCACUAAGGGAGCAAGAACCUAUCCAGGCUGUUCCAGGAGUUACAAUGCCUACCUCAGGUCCGUCUUUAUUCUUUUCAAACCCUUCGACUCCAGUUGCUAUUGGGAGUAGGUCCCCAGUAACUGUACAAGAGAUUCAGGCAGAGAGAACACAAAUGGGUGAGGAAUGGCUUCAUAGUGAUGGCCAGAAGGUGAAUAUACAUUCAAAUGCCUCUGGACGUUUUCCAUUUGAAGCUCCAAAUGCUCCUGUUUGUGGUGACAGCCGAGUAGAACCAUUGUUCCAGGAGACUAUAUGGGAGGUGGAUAAACAAAAGAAUGCCGAGUUAGAUCCCAGCUUCGUGCGCACUGUACAAGUGGAAGGUCACCAGAGUGGACAUUUUGAAUGGACCUCUCAGGGGUCCACAGAUGCUGGAUAUGGACUCAGAGCUACAAACCCUGGCCAAGCUGAGUUCCAGUUGCGUCAGUUGCAAGGUCUUGAUUUCUCUGAAUCUGGUCUUAGGCCACAUCAUCCCGCCCGAGUUUCUCCAGCGAUGGCCCCAGGUUUUAGACUAACUUCAACUGCAGCUCCUGUGAGGAUUAAAACUGUUGGGCAUGCACCUUCGGUGAGCCCCUUGAAUGCUCGGGUGCCUGCUCCAGCAGCUAUCAGGACUGCGGCUCCUCCAUAUGCACCUAGACCUUUGUCAGGAAGGAUGGUGACUGAAGGAAUGCCUUCUAAUAUGAUGGCUCCAGCUGUUCAAAUCAGAUCAGUUGUCCCAGUGUAUGCAGCACCACCACCAGCAAAGAAACUCCCAGAAGCUGGCCAAAAUGGAUUGUUACCAGUUGUUGGUGAGGGGACUAAUGAGCCAGAAUAUGUGAAGGCAGUGAGUUUGGAGCUGGAAAAGCUUCUGAUUUGAGCGGCAUAUAUAAUUUUUUGAAGUUAAUAUAUAUGUUAGAUGCUUCCUGAUGGUCCCAUAUUAAUAGAAUGCAAUCUUUUCUCUCUCAAA